GAGUGAUAAUGACAGAGGUGGCAGAGAGGGUCCGUUCAAGAAACUUCCGAGAGGAAGAGGGAAGAAGAGAGGGCGAAAAAGCAAUAAUAACAGUAAUAGCAACAGAUCUCACUGUCGUCUGCCCGAAGCCAAAAUCCAGAGAAAGAAAGAAAGAAUGGUUGAUUUCAGCGGCGAUGAAACUGCCCCCUUCUUUGGCUUCCUGGGCGCCGCGGCGGCCCUCGUUUUCUCCUGCAUGGGGGCGGCGUACGGCACGGCGAAGAGCGGCGUCGGUGUUGCCUCGAUGGGCGUGAUGAGGCCGGAGCUGGUGAUGAAAUCGAUUGUGCCGGUUGUCAUGGCGGGAGUGCUUGGCAUCUACGGCUUGAUCAUCGCAGUGAUCAUCAGCACGGGAAUUAACCCUAAGGCCAAAUCGUACUAUCUAUUCGAUGGCUACGCUCAUCUGUCUUCUGGUCUUGCUUGUGGUCUCGCUGGUCUCUCCGCUGGCAUGGCCAUUGGCAUCGUUGGCGACGCCGGUGUUAGAGCAAAUGCCCAACAGCCAAAGCUUUUUGUUGGGAUGAUUUUGAUUCUCAUCUUUGCCGAGGCAUUGGCGUUGUAUGGUCUUAUUGUUGGCAUCAUCCUCUCUUCCCGAGCUGGCCAAUCCAGAGCUGAUUAGUAUGGAAUUUCACGCAGCUUAGAGCACAUAGAACCAUGGAUUGGACGUUGAAUGUUGCGAAGAUCUAGGCAUUGGUAAGAGUGUUGCUUUAUGAUGCUCUUCAUUCAGGUUAUUCAGAAAUAAAACGUCCAAACGAUUUCUUUGGCCAUUUAUUGUAUUUAAUUAUGCUAUCCAGACUAAAUUAGAGAUCUCUAAAAUAAAACAUGUGUGUGUUUAUUUCGAUAA